AUGUUCACAAUCCGAAUUGUGUUUUACCGAUAUCUCGGAGUAAAUCAGUACACCCAUCCCUUUCCCGGUUUAGACCCAUAUUACUUGAGGACAUCUCUCGCAGCCCAAAGUUGUCACACAGAAUACCACGGUAUUACCUUCCACCACGCACUAGGUACUGUUCCACUACAUACUGUCAAUAUGGAGUCAAUCUUCAAUCAGAUCAAAGAGCUCUACGCCAAGGCAGAGGACGCCGGGAAAAGAGAGAUCCAGGGCUACAUCCGUGAGCUGCAAGUUGGCUUCUAUUCAGACUGGGAUGUUGUUAUGAGACUCACCAGCGGGCCUCUUCAACUGGCUCUGGCCAAGAUUGGCAUCGACCUCGACAUUUUCACGACCCUCACACAGAGUGAUAUUCCUGUCACGCUGAGCCAGCUGACUGAGAAAACUGGGGCCUCGGCACAACUUUUGGCACGCCUCCUUCGUACCAUGGCGGCAUUUGGCCUCGUGAAAGAGACCGGGAAGUACGAAUACACCGCCAGCGCCUUCACCAAGGUCUUUUCGAACCCCAAUGCGGCGGGUGCUAUUUGCCAACUCUUCGAUAUUCCCGGCCCGUGUACCCAGGCCAUGCCCGACUUUCUCGCCGAGACCAAGUACCAAAACAUCACCUCCAACAAGCAGACCGUCUUCCAGAAAGCCUUCAACACUGACCUGACGCUCUUUGAGUGGAUGCCUCAACACCCAAAGCACAUGAAGAGCCUAGGCCACCUGAUGGCACUGGAACGCCCAGUUCAUUGGGUAGACAAGUACCCCGUCGAGGAGAGGCUCGGUUCCCUUGCCACCAAGCCCGACGAGACCGUCUUGGUAGACAUAGGCGGAGGGUUUGGUCAGCAGGCCAUCGCAUUCAAGGCAAAGUUUCCCAACCUCCCCGGCCGAGUUAUUGUCCAAGACAUCCCGCAAACUCUGGCGGGUGCCAGGCCGGUUCCGGGCAUCGAGUUUGUCGAGCACGACUUCUUCGGCCCACAGACUGUCAAGGGGGCCAAGCUGUAUUAUCUCCGUCAUGUGCUCCACGACUGGCCCGACAAGGAAUCUCUGCAGAUCUUGAAGAACAUCAUUCCUGCCAUGGGCCCGGACUCGUGUUUGAUCAUCGACGACGUGGUGCUUCCUGAAAUGGGCGUGCCUUGGCAGUCGGCGUACAUGGAUUUGAUUAUGAUGAACAGCUUGGGAGGCGUUGAGCGAACCAAGCCUGAGUGGGAGGCGCUGUUGAGCGAGGCUGGGUUGAAGAUUGUGGAGAUUCAUCAGUAUGACUCCAAGAUGCAGUCUAUUAUUGUCACGGUUCCAAAGUAAGGGAUUGGAUGUACACGUUGGUACUAUUAGGUAGCAUGUACACGAAUGCAGACCAAGGUGAAUUGGAAAGGGCGAAUGCGACUUCUGCUACCAUUAACUUCUUGCAUGGCUUCAAGUUUGUCUUGAUGAACGAUGACUCCUAAUACAUGUCCAUAACGUCAUUUGGGCUGAC